GCUACACAGUUUGAAAAUGCAGGUCGUGUCAUGCUUUGAAAAAAAUCAUUUUAUACUCGAUUUUGGUGGAAAAUGUCGGACCCUAAACGUGCUACUCUUAUAACAGUGGGUGCCUCAAAUAGUGGAAAGAAUAAUGUGAAUAAAACAGUGAGAUUAAGUAUAAAUUUGGUUGAAAGCAAUGAAAGUAAAUAUCCGGAGCUGAAUUACAAGGAACUAGUCAUUACAGAAGAGAAAAAGAAAAGAGUAGAAAACGGCAAGACAUCGGGUUUGGAUCCAUUUUCGGACAAUGAUGAUGAUGUGGAACGGGUUGCCAGGAAGUUUGAACAGAAAUAUGGUGGUAAGAGCACAUACGGUAGAAAGGGCAGAUCCAAGCAUGACGAUUUUGCAGAUAUCGGUGCUGGCUAUGAUGAGAAUGAUUCCUUCAUUGACAAUACACAUGGAUACGAUGAGAUGAUCCCACCGGAAUGUGACACGUUCUACGGCGGUUUCUACAUCAACAGUGGCUCUCUUGAAUUUAAGACUGUGCCGGAGAACCAAUCCGUCUUGUCUGAUGGUGAAGCAGGCAAUAGGAGGAAUAAGAGACGCAUUUCAUCAAGCAGCAGCGAAGAAGAGUCUUCCGAAAGCACAUCAGAGUCGAGUCAGGAUGUAAAGGAUCCGAAGGGUAUCGUCAAUGGUGCAGUGGACUCGCAUAAGACUGAACACCGGAAAAAGAAGAAUAAAAAGAUUGAUAAGAAGAAAGCAAAGAAGAUCCGUAGAACUGAUUCCUCUGCUGCCACAUCUGGAAAACAAACAUCCGAUGAUAAUGCUCAAGGUGAGAGCGCAGACUCCAGGACAUCUCAAUCCGACUCACUCACCUCCAAACCAGCGCCGAGCUCCGAAAAUGCAGUCACCUCGGACAGUUCCAGGGAUGUUGAGGCGAAGGUGGAAGUGAAACUGCCACCACCACUGGUCCAAGCAUUGGAGGAAUUGGAGGUGGUGGUCAGCAAGCAACUGCUCGAAAACCCUAAUACACCCGCUCAGGAAUUGGAGAAUGUCGCCAGGAAUCAAGUGCAGAG